AUGGAGCCGGAUCCUUCUCCUCUCGUUCGGACGGCCACGUGGACAGUGCUACUAAUGUUGACGAUGGGUUUCGCGUCAUUCGCACCGGAGGCUGCGUUCAUGUCUACAUUGUCGUCAUCGUCGAAUUCCUGCGGCGUCGGCGGCGGAGGGAGAUACGGGUACGUGAGGAUUCCGAUCGAUUCGCCGGGAGAGAUUGUGUGCGUUCCGUCUGAUAUGGUGAAGCGAUCAUCGUUUGACGUUUUUCUGCCGACGAUUUUCGCCGGUGUUAUGAUAAUUGCAUCGGUUUCUCUACUCCGAUCGUGCUUAGAGGUCGACGAUAGCGACAUAGAAACAUACGAGCACGACUCUUCAGUCUAA